CCUCCAUAAGCCGCAGUGAGUCCUUGGCUGUUGUCAGAGAACGUUCUGAAUAAAGUGAUUCCAAUAGUGAGUUGUCUAAAUCGUUGGUAGCGACGUAAGAACUGUAGUGAUUUCUCAUUAUUUUCUUGAUAUUUUGACCAACUAAUAAAUAGCUGUAUUGGCUACAAUAUGAAAGCAACGUUAUUAGCGCUCUGCGCGUUUGUGACUGUCGCCACAGCCAGAGUUGUGAUCAAUGCUGGCAUUGAAGAUACACCUUAUCUUCUUGGGGCCAAAGCAUGUACUUGGGGCCCAUCAUAUUGGUGUCAGAAUAUAACCACGGCGGCAGGAUGCAAAGCAACCAAGCACUGCAUCAAGACAAAAUGGGAGACAAUGACAGUAGAGGUUGAUACUGAUAGCGUAUGCGAUAUCUGCAAAGAUAUGGUAAAGCAAGCGAGGGACCAGCUGGAAAGCAACCAGACUCAAGAAGAUCUAAAGGCUGUUUUUGAAGGCAGUUGUGCUUUAAUCCACAUAAAGCCCAUUGUUAAAGAAUGCGACCAACUGGUAGAUCAGUUUAUACCAGAAUUGGUUGAGACUUUGGCUUCUCAGAUGGAUCCUUCUGUAGUUUGUUCCGUAUCUGGGUUGUGUAACUCCAAACGCAUUGAUCAGAUGCUUCUUGAAUACGAACAUAUUAUGAACGAGAAUGAUGAAAUUGUACCUAAGUCUUUGUACAAUGACGAGUUAGAGCCUGAUGAGUGCUCAAAAUGUUACACCAUUGCAACGCAUCUGGAACACAAACUAGAAGGAGCAUCUCGCGAUCAAAUUCUGGAAAAUAUGCUUCGUAUGUGCGGAAAAGUUGGCACCUUUUCAGACGGUUGUUCUUCUAUAGUUUUGACCUACUUUGAAGAUAUUUACAAGCAAUUAAAAACUGAAUUCAAGGCUGAGAGCAUUUGUCAUCUUAGUGGUCAAUGCAGUUCGAAGUAUCAUCAACAUGAAGAAGUAGAUGGCGAGGUAACAGAAGUUGAAAUACGCCCUCUUUCUACUGUUGGUAUGGUCGAAGUUGGAGAUGAACUACCAUGUAAAUUGUGCGAACAGCUAGUAACACACUUGCGAGAUCUUUUGGUAGCAAAUACUACUGAAUUGGAAUUUGAGAAAGUUCUCGAAGGUCUUUGUAAGCAGACAAAGUCCUUUAAAUCUGAAUGUAUAGCUAUCGUUGAUGAAUAUUAUCCAGAAAUAUACGGAUACUUGACCAAUGGAUUGGAUGGAAAUGCCCUGUGUCAAAUGGCCAGUGUAUGUCCUAGACCACAGAAAUCAAGUGAAAAUGGACCCAUUUGGCCUCUUCUGCCUAUAAAGCCUGCAAAGAUUGGUGAAGAAAUAAUGAUUAAGAAGAGGACCAAUUUGGGAGAAAAUGGCCAUGGAAUUAGACAAGAACAUAAAAAGUCAGAGGCAGAAGAGAUGCAACUACCACUGGAGAGAAUGCAAGUUUCUGAACUUAUGUUCCCCGCUGUCGGGGGCGGAAAUAAAGCAACUUGUGCUCUCUGCGAAUAUAUUCUACAUUAUCUCCAACAAGUUAUCACCAAUCCUGCCACUGAAGAUGAACUGAAGUUGGAAAUCAGUAAGGUUUGCAAAAAAUUACCAAGCAGCAUAGGAAACGAGUGUCAACAAUUUAUAGAUGUCUAUGGAGAUGCCCUAGUAGCGAUAUUGGCUCAAGAAAUUGAUCCAUCACAGGCAUGCCCGAUGCUCCGCUUGUGCCCAUCAGAAGAAUUGAUGAAUGCCUGGAAGUCUAUCCCCAAAGACCUGGUGAUCGUCAGUGAAAUUGAAGAAAAACCAAGUUGUCCGCUCUGCCUCCUUGCCGUAACACAGUUGUACAGUGUCGUAAAGAAUGAUAAGACCGAGGCAAGUAUAGAAGCGGCAUUAGAUAAACUAUGCGAUCAUCUACCUCACAACCUAGUGGAAGAAUGUACCGACUUGGUAAAGGGAUACAGCAAGGAGUUAGUGGACAUGCUAAUAGCAGAUCUCACACCUCAAGAAAUCUGUGUUUACAUUAAACUCUGUGACGCCGGUCCAACCGCUGUUCCAUUCAGAGAAAAUACCAUUUUUAUUGAUAGUAGAGAGAUCAUGACUAACGAAAUCCCAGAUUUUCCGGGAUACCAGAUACAACAGCACGAACCAGUUAACGAGAGUGCAAAAUGUGUAGUUUGUGAGUUUAUUAUGAAGCAACUGGAAGACACUAUGAAGAAACCGAGCAGCAGAAACGAAAUAGAGAAGGUUGUCCAUGGAGUCUGCAACGUUUUGCCUAAAACUAUCAAAGUUGAGUGCAACGACUUUGUAAACCAAUACGCUGACUUGGUAAUUGACAUGCUGGUAGCAGAAGUGGAUCCUAAGGAUAUUUGCACUGCCAUUUCAUUGUGUGGAAAACACAUGGAGGAAAUCCAAGCAUCAGUAGCAGAGUGUGCAUUGUGCCAAUCUAUCAUAUCAACGAUUGACAAAGAGUUGGUAGACCCAAAAAUAGAUCAUAAGAUCGAAAUGGUUGUAUCGAAAGUUUGCAAGUUUUUGCCAUCCAGCAAGCAAGAUAAGUGCACAUCGAUGAUUGAAAUAUAUGGACCAAGCAUUAUAAAUCUUCUAACUUCAUUCGUCGACAGUAAGAAGGUGUGCACUAAGCUAGCACUCUGCUCCGAUCAGGAUUACCUAGCAUUGUCAGCAAUGAAUCCUAGGCCGAGACGUUCUUCAAUUGCUGAUCUUGGCUCCAAGCGUUGUACAUGGGGUGAAUCGUAUUGGUGUGCAUCUCAAGAUAAUGCAUCUGAGUGUAAGGCUGUCGAUCAUUGCAAGGAAAAAGUUUGGAAAGCAAGCACAGCACCAGUAGUCGUGGCUGAUGGAAAACCUAAUCACGUUAAGUAGAAACAUCAAGAUAGCGUGAAGGUAUUCCUAACACUAUUAAUAACAUUUAACUCCCCAUCCUACACCCUCCAACUCCUACAAUAAUCGUCAAACAUACUAACAAUAACAUAUAACUAUCAAAUACCAACCACAAUGAUAUAAUUAGUUGAUAAUGCUAGCGGAGAAGCAAAAGAAGGAAUGCAGUUUAGCUAAGGCAUAUAUUCAUACUGUUGUGAUUAAUACAACUAUUCACUGUUAUUUGUUCAUAUUUUCUACUGAACAGUAUAAGUUACCUCAUUUCUGUCCCCAUGAGAUAGAAAUGUAGCCACUUAUUUGCUGCGAAUAAAAUGUCUUAGCUACUUGUUUUUUGCAAAUAUUCCUCACAAUACCACAUUAGAUCUGCAUAAGGUAUUUCCCUAUGUCUGUUUUUUCUACGUUGAAAAAGUAAGUUCUCAGUCGUUUGACAGCAGAAAAAAAAUGUCAAUGAAUUUUCAUAUUAAAUUCAACUGUGAUAAUACUGAAAAUAAAAAAUGUUUUAUUCAA